AUGAUUUUCCAAACAAUUUUAACCAACAAAAAGGUGCUCACUGCCUGUGUGAUUGCGACGGUGAUAACGGUGUGUGCCAUUGUGGUACCGAUUAUUGUCGUCAAUUCGUAUGAUGAGGCACCCACUCCGAAGAAAUUCUCCGGCCGCGAUGUACUCGAUGAAGUGCCACUUAUCGAUGGACACAAUGAUCUUCCAUUCAGCAUAUACCUAGUGGAGCGGAACUUAAUCAAUCGCUUCAACCUUGACUCUAAUCUCAAGGAGCAUCCCGUCUGGUCUGCUGAAGACCGAACACACACGGAUCUACCCCGUUUACGUCAGGGGAAGCUUGGAGCCCAGUUCUGGGUAGCCUAUAUUCGUUGUGCAGACACGGAGUACAAGGAUGCGGUGGCACGCACCUUGGAGCAGAUAGACGUUACAAAACGCCUCAUCAAGAAGUAUCCGAACGAUUUCAAGUAUGCCGAUUCCGCGGAUGGAAUUAUGGAAGCCUUCCGGGAGAAAAAACUGGCCUCCUUGAUUGCCGUCGAGGGUGGCCAUUCCAUCGAUUCCCGGCUGGCGGUGCUGCGGUUGUUUUACGAGCUUGGUGUUCGCUAUCUGACACUGACACACUCCUGCAACACUCCCUGGGCCGAUGCAUCGCCGGUAGACGACGUGAACCCACCGCCAGCACCGUCCCAGUUGAACAACCUGUCCGCUUGGGGACGCCACGUGAUAUGGGAGAUGAACCGUCUCGGCAUGAUGAUCGACAUAUCGCACGUCAGCUAUGGUGUUAUGAGGGACGUGCUGCAACACAGCCGGGCGCCAGUUAUCUUCAGCCACUCGUCCGCCCAUGCCGUCUUCGAGCAUCAUCGUAACGUGCAGGACGACAUUUUGUGGGAACUCGGCCGAAAGAAGGGGAUUGUCAUGGUCAACUUCUAUCCGCUGUUCGUCGGAGGAAACACCAUCGACGCUGUUAUCAAGCACCUGAACCACAUUCGGACGCUAAUCGGUGUCGAUCACAUCGGGCUCGGAGGUGACUACAACGGAGUGACUGUUACACCGGAAGGGCUGGAGGAUGUCUCCAAAUAUCCGGACCUGUUCGACAUGCUGGCGGAUGGUGUGCUCCGUACGGGUGAAACGUUUGAGCCGUGGACGAGGGAAGAUCUUCAGAAGCUGGCCGGGUUGAAUCUGUUGCGAGUUUUCCGCGAGGUAGAACGCAUCCGGGACGGUUUGGUGGACGAGGAACCGUUUGAAGACCUCAUACCAUACGAAGAAUUCGAACGAGCCAAUGUGGCCGAACAGCCGUGUAUGUCGGACAUUGACAUGCACAAGAACUUACAGAAAGAGGGAAAGCGGCUAUUCGUUACACCGGAACACUUUUAG